CUUUGGUCCCGAUUCUGGCAUCUUUCUUAGAGAUCCCUAACUCACUUGUCUCUUCUCCCACCCUUAAAUCCUUCCCUCUCCUCUCCCGCAAUCAAUUCAUCUCUCACAACACAAAAAUUGUUAAAUUCCCAAUCCAAUAGUGUUAUUAGUCCAUAAAAGGAAAAAAUAAAAUAAAAAUGAAUGUGUUGGAUUCUAAUGUGGAGGCUCUAGCCUUCAACUACUUGAGCUUCGGCUUGCUCACAGCCCUCAACAACUUGUGGACCUGGCUCGCUCUCUUAACCGCCGCCUUCAGCUUCUGGAAGAUUCGCUCCACGGGCUGUCUCAAGCCCGAGCCCAAGCCCGAGGCCCAAGUCCAGGCCCAACCUUCAAUCAGGCCCGACCGGGUUGCGGAUUUGUUAACGGUGGAGAAAACGGAGCCGACGCAACAAGAUGCAGUGUUGGUUCCUUUUUCUCCAUCGUUAUUGCAAGGAGAAAACGGCGCGAGGAAGGGGAAGCUUACCGUUUAUUACGAGAAGGACAUGGACAUGCAAUGCACGUGCGGCGAGCGUGAGGGGUUGUUAACGGCGUGGGAAGAGAAAGAGGGGACCGAAACGGAGUGGUGGAAGAGGUGGGAGAGGUUGUUGCGGUUGAGAAACGGGGAGAACGAGAACGGGUGGUACACGUGGCAGGACUUGACAGAGCUUAACGGCAACGUCGUUAGGUUUUGGGACUGUGGGUUAAGUGGUUCUUUCGUCAGGGAAUCGUGGUACAACUCCAAUUCCAACUCCAGCUGUAUCCAUGUCUGGUAAAAAAUAAUCAUGAUAGCGUGUUGGAUUUUAACUAUUAAGCUCUCUCCUUCAAGACUUUGGAGAGAUUGUUGAGAUUUGAGAAUUUGUAUAUAUGGUAUUUUGGUAGUGGAUUUGCAAUUUUUGAUGAUAUUAUAAAUUAGAGCAAUAAAGAUCAUCAUUGUUAUCGUUUA